AGGCCGACUGCGACAGCAAGCGACAGCGCGUGAAUUUGUUCUGCUGUAUGUCGCGCUUGCCGCAAGAUGCGGGUCGCUGACGUGCUGGCCGUCGCUUUCGGUGUGUCAGUGCUCAGCGAAGUAGUCUACUUUAUUUAUACGAAGGUGACGUCCAAGAAGAAGCGGCGCCCGAGCAAGAAGGCGGCUGCCUUCGGCAACCAGGUGAUCUUUUUCCCGGAUCGUGGCGUGGCGUGCCCCAAAGCGACGCACGAUGACUCCGACACAUGCGGCAACCCGCAGUGCUGCUUCCUGCACGGCCGCACCUCGCUGCGCACGCUGGUGCACACGCUCACGUCGGCUGAGCGUGCGCUCGACGUGUGCGUCUACAUGAUCACCUGUGACACCCUGGGCGACGCCAUCAUCGGCACGCACCAACGUGGCCGCGCCGUCCGGGUCAUCACCGAGGCCGAGGGAUCCGACACGCCCGGAUCCCAAAUCGGCAGGCUGCGCGAAGCCGGCAUCCCCGUGCGGGUCAACAACCAUUCAUCCUUCCUGAUGCACCACAAGUUUGCACUGGUCGACCGGGAGCUGCUCAUCAGUGGCUCGUUCAACUGGACACGCCAGGCCAUCACAGGCAACCAUGAGAACCUGCUCAUGACAAGCGAGCCGGACCUGGUGGACUCGUAUGCACGCGAGUUCACUCGGCUAUGGGAGCUGUUCAAGCCACGGCCCGGACAGAACAACGUGGAGCGCCAUACCGCAGAGUUGUGGUGACCCAGAGCCCCCGCCUAGAUCUCAAGCUGGAUCGUGCCGCGACCGCCCACUAGCUGGCGCUGCUUGGUGGUGGCCAAGGCAUGCGUGCACUGUCAUACAAGCAACAUUCAAUUUUGUAAACAUUUGUACAUAUCGCAUAUAUGUGUGUAUCAUAGUGGCUCGCGUUAAAGAUUAAGGCAGACGGCCACCGUUAUGUGUCCUGCUUGCCCAUUUAGCUUGUGGUAUUAUUGGUCGUUACUGUGACCGCAAAAGAGUUGAGAUCUGGACCAGUUGGUUCAUGAUACUUCACGAAACCCAGCAAAAGAACGGGACACAUUUGACCUCAGCGGUGUUUGUGUCUGCCUCUUUCUCGUGUCCCAUUCUUUUGCUGGCUUUCGUCAGGUAUUACUGUGACCUCUUGUUGAUUCUGUCAUAUACAUUAACGGCACGUUCGGCUGGUCGCUACUGCACUCUGACUGGAAUUGCAACAAUGCAGAGCCUGUUCGUUAUCCAAUGAAGAGAAAGCAUGUCUUAGGUGAACAUGUGGCCGCUAGCCAGAACAAUUGGAGGCCGGAAGAGGGAACAGGUCAGCACCUUUUGUUACAAAACAAACAUGUUUGCAUGUUCCUCGCGGCUGAUGUGAUGCUGACGCCGGAAGCUGCAGCAGCCAUGUCACCGGAACUUCACCAGAUCUCAGUCACCCUCUGAGGUCAAAUGUGAGAGCACCUUGGAGCGCUCUAAAAGAACCAGCGAGUUGGGAUGCGCAUAGUCGGAGCACUCUGACACGACCAGACGAAUGUACCGUAAAUGUGGAUUUUACAAAGCGUGAAUAUUUCUUGGUUCAAAUUAAUUGUGCAAAUAUCGAUAUUUUUAGUUCAAACUGAAUAGUCUGUUUCAGUGUUUUACUUUGAGACCCUCACCUGCAUAUUCCUUGUAAUGUACUGAUUGCUUGAUGAAAGAGUAAUAACAAGAAACUGAAUUGGUGGGAUUUACAUGAAACCUUGACAUCAGUGUUUCAGAUGUUGAUCUUUUUAAAAUGAUGCUCUUUACUUACUGAAAAGAGAACAGUUUACUUUUUGGAGUCAGUUUAGUUGCAUUAUUUGGAUAUUUUUAUGCAGAAAUCAAAGUUUAGUGUUUCUUGCAACUCUGUGCAGCCAUCAUUUUUAACGAUGUCAUGUGCAAAUGCGUCUCAAAAAUCGAGUACGACACUGCAUGCAAAAUGCAAUGAUAACCCACGGCUUCUUUUUUCCGUGUGUUUUGUAACCUGAGGGUUAUAUAGUACAGGCCGUUUUAAAAUGUGCCAUGGCUUAUGCAUAUACUAACCCGCUCUUAAACUUCCUAAAAAGAAUAUUGGUGAUGAUUUCGAUACUCCCUAAUGCAAAAUGUGAGCUUAGCUGCACACAUGUUUUCAUGCGGCGAUACAUAUAUACAGUCGACUCUCGUUAAUUCGAAGUUCACGGGGACCCCGAAAAAACUUCGAAUUAAGCGGAAUUCCAAAUAACUACAAUGAACGAAAAAUACAUUUAUUUCAAAGCAGUUUAUGAGAAAAAAUCUGUGAUUGCCGUUUGCUUCUGUUUGCUGAAUCUUGCGGCAGAAAGCAAGUUCUGCAGGCUGUAUAUGUGCCCGAGUGCUUCCUCGGCGUUGCUGUCAGCAGCGAAAAACCGCUGCGCGAGGGCAAGGCCUGCGGCUACAUCAGCAGCCCGCGGUAGUGGCUCACUUGCGGCGGCGGCGUCGUCAACCUCAGUUUCGUGACUAGCCUCGCGGGCUGAACCAUCUCCACGAUCUCAGCGUCCGACAGCGCACCGCACGAUUCUACCGAACUGUCUGUGACAACGUACUCCUCGAAAGGGACGUCGCCGAGAGCUGGCAGGAGACCGUCGACGUCAAGCUCACUUGUGUCUUCUUCCCCACUGUACAAGACGCGUCAUCAUCUGCACCACUUGGAAUGAAGCCGCACGCCCUAAAGCAGUUCGCAAUGGUUUCGUCCUUUACGCGACCCCACGCUCGCGCCAGCAUAUGGAUAGCACUGAGAAGGCUCGCCUCAUACUGACUUGCAUUGUCCAUACACAACAGCAUCCGCUCAAGAAGAUGCUUCCUGUACAGUACUUUCACCUUUUUGAUAAUCCCCUGGUCCAUUGGUUGCAAUAGCGAUGUAGUGUUCGCUGGCAGGUAAGCGACACGUAUGGCACUCAAGGGCGGCACAUUCAUGUGUGCACUGCAUUGGUCCGCAAGGAGCAAUACAUUGCGUUUAGAUAACGCGAACUUGCGAUCCAGUUUUGUCAGCCAAUCCUUGAAUAUGUCUGCUCGCAUCCACGCUUUCCUGUUACACGCGUAGUCGACAGGCAGCGUUUUCACGCCCUUGAAACAUCUAGGCUUAGCGGCUUUGCCUAUCACGAGCAGGCGACAUCGCUCAGUGCCCGUCAUGUUCGUCGCUAUCAGCACCGACACUUUC